AUGGCCCUCGUGGCGUGUUUUCUGCUGUGGUUAAUGAGUGCCCAUACAGUCCUCACCUCUGCUCCGGAAACUAUAGAGGCAGGCCACAUAACAAGAGCGAAGCAGAAGGCGGUUCCUUUGACAACAGCCAGUAUGGGUCCAGUGCAUGUCCACAACCCCGGCACAGUGGUCUUCAGCCUCCUGGGCGAGUUCACGGGUCAGAUUGGACAAAUGACAGAAGGGAAGACAGACCCAGGACAGACAGAUGAGGUGUACUGCCCCAUGUACCCCACCGCCUCCCCCACCCAGCACCUGUAUGAGGAGCUGCCCAGAAGGCUGUUGCCCCUGUCGAAGGAAGAGCACCCUGAGGUGUCCCUACCGUCUCAGGAGCAGGGCAAAGGCAGCCUUGUGCCCAUCGAGCAGGUGGCAAGCUGGGGUAGCUAA